GUCACGGUGUCUAUCUGUACCUCUCUGAGUGGUUAUCCAUCUUCUUUCCUUCUGAAGUCAUUAUUCCCGGGAAUAACUGUGUUGGGAUGGGGAGGGCAUGAGACGGAGAGAGAGAGAGGCAGGAGAGCAGAAGGCAGUGAAGGGGGAAAGAAGAGCAGCCAGAAGGGAAAGCGAGAGAAAGAAGAAAAUGAACUGGUACUGAUCCUGCAGGAAAAGCCUGGGACACUCUAGGAAGAAGUGACAAUACAUUGGGGAGGGACUCAUAGGUUAGGGAUACUGGUUUCACAAUGGGAAGUCCUAUAAGUGGGGUCUCUGUCGAAGGGGUUCCCCUGGAUUCAGCAGAGGAGCUGGAAAUACACAGAGAAGCCAUGCAGCGGGUUCUACAUAAUCUCUCAGACCUUCCUUCUUCUUCAGAUCUGGAUCUGAUUUUCCUCAAAGGAAUCAUGGAGAGUCCACAGGCUCAUGAAUGCUUGGAGGAAACCCAUCUGGAAGCUGUGAGGGAGAAUAAUAUGCAACUGGUACAGGAGAUUCUACAAGAUAUGGCAGGAGUAAGAGACUCAAGUGGUAUAACAGCUGAGCUGCAGGCAAUCCUUCAGGAACCCCACUUUCAGUCCCUCUUACAGACACACGAUUCUGUUGCUUCAAAGAAUUAUGAGACGCCUCCUCCCAGCCCAAUGCUGGACCCCACCCUGAGUAACCAGCCAGUCCCACCUGAUGCGGUGCGCAUGGUGGGAAUAAGAAAGAGCGCUGGAGAGCACCUGGGUGUAACAUUCCGUGUAGAGGGCGGAGAGCUUGUGAUUGCACGUAUUCUGCACGGUGGGGUCAUUGAUCAGCAGGGCCUCCUGCAUGUAGGGGAUGUGAUCCGGGAAGUGAAUGGCAGAGAAGUGGGCAGUGACCCACAGGCAUUGCAAGAGAUGCUCCGAGAAGUCAGCGGCAGCGUGGUGCUGAAAAUACUACCCAGUUAUCAGGAGCAGCAUCCUCUGCGGCAGGUAUUUGUUAAGUGUCACUUCAGUUAUGAUCCUUCCAGUGACAGUCUGAUCCCCUGUAAAGAGGCUGGCUUGGCUUUCAGAGCAGGAGACCUUCUUCAGAUUGUUAAUCAAGAGGAUCCCAACUGGUGGCAGGCCUGUCUGGUGAAGGGUGGCACUGCAGGUUUGAUCCCCAGCCAGUUACUGGAGGAGAAGAGGAAAGCAUUUGUAAAACGCGAUGGGGAGCUCACUCCAAACUCCAAUGCUCUAUGUGGAAGUAUUGGUGGAAAGAAAAAGAAGAGGAUUAUGUAUGUAACAACAAAAAACGCUGAAUUUGACCGCCAUGAGUUACUGAUCUACGAGGAGGUUGCGCGUAUGCCCCCUUUCCGUAGGAAAACUCUCAUCUUAAUCGGUGCUCAAGGUGUGGGGAGAAGGAGCUUGAAGAACAAACUGUUGACUUCUGACCCUUCAAGAUAUGGCACCACAAUCCCAUACACUUCGCGAAAGAGAAAAGAAGGCGAGUGGGAUGGCCAGUCAUAUUCCUUUGUGACCCGGGCAGAGAUGGAACAGGAUAUCAAGGCUGGCCGAUAUUUAGAGCACGGGGAGUACGAGGGAAACUUAUAUGGCACCAAAAUCAGUUCAAUCCAAGAAGUGGUGGCAUCAGGAAAAAUGUGUGCGCUGGAUGUCAACCCCCAGGCUGUGAAAGUUCUCCGGACAGCUGAAUUUGUACCUUAUGUUGUGUUCGUUGGGGCCCCUGACUUUCAGACUUUAAAAUCGAACAAUCUGUCAGCUGUGGAGGUGGGAAUUACAAACAAGCAGCUGACGGAUACUGAGCUCCUACGCAUUGUAGAAGAGAGUGAGCGUGUCCAACAAGCAUAUGGGCAUUACUUUGACCUUACUUUGGUCAACAACGAUCUGGAUCAGACAUUCCAGCAACUGCAGGUGGCUCUGGAGAAACUAAACUCUGAGCCACAGUGGGUUCCAUUCAGUUGGGUCUAUUGAACCUCAAAGUUCUUAUUUUCUCAGUUUAACAACAUAAAGGGCACAUAUACAUUUUUUAUAUAUUGGUCCAUAUUUGUACAAAGAUUUGACAUUAUGGUUCCUUUUCCAAUCUCUAAACUAGAAAGAGACACUGGUUUUAACGAAAGCUGUAGAGCUACAAAUCCCAGGUAACUAAAAGGAGCAUGGAGUUUGUCCUAUAUAUCCAAAUUUCCAACUCCCUCCCCCAAAUAGGAGUGCAGCAUCUUUUUCUGGAUGGUAGGAAAUCUAUAAAUUCUUCUCACCAUUUUGCAACAAACCAAAAUAUUCUUGAUGACCAUUACCAAGACACCAAGCAGAAAUUUAAAUAUUACUGUUUUUUCAAGGACGCCAGUUUAUAUUGAAUAACAGUAGACCUAUAGCGCUUGUGUAGCUGUCUGGUAGAGCAUCCAAGCUUUAUAUCACCCAAAAUAUUCUUCAGGUGUCCAUUUACGAGCACAUAUCAACAGCUCAUUGGGCUAUGUACGGAAGCAAUAUCAUCAUGCUGCCAAUAUUUAACAACUAGGGCUGGUGGAGAAUUCCCAUUGGCAAUUGAUGCCCUUAGUCCAAGUGUGGGCUCUAGUGCUAGAAACAGGUAACUAAUGUGGAUUCUAUUUACUGUAGAAACAGAUGCAAUUAUUAGAGGUAAGGUUGUAUUAGAGGUAAUCUAUUGUAAUCAAUCAGUAGUUGGUAUUUAUACUACACUAUAUGGCCAAAAGUAGUGGGGUAAUAUGAAUUUUUAUGAAGCUGCGCCUCAGUUUUCUUGCUAUUAUCACCUUUACUCUUCUGAGAUAGCUUUCUACUAGAUGUUGGAAUAUUGUUGGAAUUUUCUUCCAUUCAGCCUCAUCACACCAUUAGUACGAUUGGGCACUGGUGUAGGGGAUCAGGUCUGACUCACAGUUAGAGUUCCAAUACAUCCCACAGGGGUUUGGUUUGGAUGAGGUUUGAUCUCUGUGCAGGCCAGCCAUGUUCUUCACAGCAAAGUAGCACUGAAUUGUCAAGAUUAUCAUUGUGCGCUGUUUGCUUUCAGUGGAACAAAGGAUAGAACAUAGCCCUAGAUCAUUAUUCUUCCUCCAUGAAACUUUACUGUUGGCAUUUUGCAUCCAGGCCAUAAUGUUCUCCUGACAUCUGCCAAACCCAGACUUUUCCAUCAUUUAUCACUCCAGAGUAUUUCCACUGCUUUAGAACCCAAUGAUGGUGACCUUAACACCACUCCAGCUAGCUCUUGGCAUUGCACAUGGUAAUGUUUUUUUCUCUGAUCAGCCAUAAAAACCCCAUGCCAUGAAUAGUUCUUGAGAUAACAUUCCUUCUGGAGAUAGAUUGAAACUCAGCAAAGAGUGCGCUAAAGUGACAUAAUUUUAGAAGGCGUUUGGAUACUUUAGGCCAGUGAUACCCACCCAGUAGCUUGUGAGCAACAUGUUGCUCUCUAAUCGCUUGGAUGUUACUCUCAGUGUCUUCAAAGCAGGUGCUUAUUUUUGAAUUCCAGGCUUGGAAGCAAGUUUUAAUUUAAUAAAAAACUAAGUAUAGUACUAAUCAGAGUCUCCUAUAGGCUGCCAUUCUACACAGGGGCUACCAAAUAUCCAACCACAGCCCUUAUUUGGCACCCAAGGGACUUUUGCAUGCUUGUGUUGCUCCCAAACUUUUUUUACAUUUAAAUGUGACCCAUGGGUAAAAAAGGUUGGGGAUCCCUGCUUUAGGCCAUAUAGUGAACCUUUUGUCUAAUGCAAUUCUAUAAUGGAAGAAGCUGCUGUGGGUUAUCAACUUCAGGUCACCAAUUCACCAAUUAACUUUGAUCAAUUAUCUGUUCGUUUAGUCACUUUAAAACCUCCAGCUACAUUUUAGCCUGGAUUUCGAAUCAAAUAUCCCUGCCAUUGGUCUCAGAACGAUCUACCUGGGACCGUAUCUACUGUACCUGACUGUAGGCAUACCUAUGUAUUUGUGUGAAUAUUUUCGAUUUUAUAUUUUCAACUGAUAUAUUUAAAGAGAAAUAUACUCAAUUUAUCGGUAGACAGUAUUGUUUCUGUAGAAAUGUGACUUUUGUAGUGUGGAUACUUCACUGUAGGCCUUUGAGGCCUAAAAUCAGAAAAACCCGACAUGAUCUGGUUUUCUAUUCACAGCAUAACACUGCCAGAUAUUUGUGAUAUAUAUUAUACGUUGACCCAAUACCUUUCAGAGAGUAAUUAGCAUUUUAUCCUUGUAUCAUUUUGUGUUGUACAUUUCAGCUAUAAAUAAAAAGUUAUAUAUCUCUUUAAAAAAA